AUAAGUGACAACGUGUAUAAAAGCCAGCUUCUUUGAUGGUAAUCAAUCAUUGUGUUUUAAGCCAUCGAUGCGGACAACUUCAGAAUUCAUUCAGUCAGAAACAUAACCCAGACCAAGUCAUUGUUUUAUCAUCAUUUUUCAUCAGUCAAGAGACGAAAUUUUGAACACGCCUGACAGCUAAGAGAGACGACUGAGUUCUAAUUGAUUCAGCAGAUAACUUAGAAUUGGAUGAAAACAAAUCUAAAGUUUGUGAGAAUGUAUCGUACAAUGGAGAAAGAGUCCCUCAUCUGUGGUCUGGUAGCCGUAGCCGUGAUGUUCGCGUGUGUGGCUGAGGCAGGGACCAUCAAGCGAGGCGCUAGCGACUCCGCCUUCAACAAGCCCCUCCUCACCCCCGAGAUCAUUCACAACGCUUUUAGCGGUAACGGGAAGAACGAUCACGAUUCUAUCUCUAUAAACCACUCGGGCCAGAUCCCCUCCAACACAAACGCAGACAAUUCCCAGGGCAUCCCCAGUGGCAACUGGCAGUCCGGGGAUGUGUCUCUGUUGCAGAGCGGGAGUGGGAGCGGGCAGCAGGCCAGCGAGACAUCCACUACGGGGAAACGCGCCGCUGGCCCCCACGGAAACCGCCACGACCUGCCCGCCAGGGCCAUCUGCCCGUUCGAGUAUGUGAAAGAUGAAAAUACAGCCAGGAGACCUGCUCAAUUGAUGGUCGCUAAGGCAACCCCUGGCAGUGCCAAGUGCCUCGACCCCAACUCGGGUAAACCCGCGAAUCAGGGCAGUUGUGUAAUCGUGAAUUACUCCAUCCAGGUGCAAAUGAAUAACACGGGAAGCUGGAGAGACGAGACUAUUGAAAUUGCCGUGGCCAGAGUAUGCGUUCUGGACAAAGAGGACUAGAGGACGGACGAGUAUCGCCGAAAGAGGGCGCCACUCAGGUCUACAUGACGGGCAAUAUGCGCGGGUUUUCACGAGAGGUCGUGUUGGCGGGUAACUUUUUUGCCCCUCCAUAUUUUAAUUUCUUCAAAAGUCUGCGAUUUAGCAAGAUAUUAAAAUGUGCAGGGAAAACGUGAGUGCAAUUCGCUUCAGAAAACCGCGAGAAUCGAUUCAGGACUGCUUGAAGAGACACUGCAAUUAAAUGAAACAUUUUAUAAUAUUUAUGGAGAAAAAAAUAUCGCCGCUAUUUAUUUAUUUAUUUAUUUAUGAAGUAAAUAACGAGUGUGUAUGGGAUGUGUGUGCAUAUAUGUCAAGGAAAUGUGUAUAUUUUUACAUGAUGAAAUAUUUAUUCUAUGCAGCUAUUUAUUGAUAGAAUAUAAAGUCAACGUAUACUUGCCAAAGUCGUGAAGGUACCUCAGUUAAAGAGAGAGGUGUUUUUAAAUUUAUAGGAUGCCAACUUGUAUUUUAUUGACUUUUAAAAAAAAUGUUAACUAUACAUUUUUCAGAAUUUUGACAAUGAUGCAAAUUGUGUAGCUUAGCGAAUGAACAACAAGUGUAAACAGUCGUAGAUCAUUUACAUUGAAGGCAUGCACUGAGCUUGCGCAGUGUUGGAUCCGUGCACGCGAGUGCGCCCUCAGCGAUUAGAAAGGGAGAGUGGGGGAGAUCAU